AUGACAAAGAUUGACUACUUCGUGAAAGGCGCAGUGGGUGGCAGGAGCGCUGAAGGAGAAAUUUACGCCCGGCAGGAGAUACAUGAUCUGUAUAAAGACAAAGGCCAAUGGCAGUUGUACCUUCUCGGUCUGAGAAAGUGGUAUGAUAUACCUGCCGACCAUCCCCUGUCGUAUUUUCAAAUUGCCGGUAUCCAUGGCAUGCCAUACAAGCAAUGGAAUGAGGAGGAAACCCAGAAAAUCGGCCUCAAUGAAACAAUCGGGUACUGCACUCAUACGACGGUCUUGUUCCCGAGUUGGCAUCGGCCGUACCUGGUCAUGUAUGAGCAACGACUGCAAGAGGUUUUGAUGCAAGAGGUCUUGCCCAAGAUCCCAUCCGCUGAGCAGGUGAAGUGGAAGAAGGAAAUUGAAAAGUUCCGCGUUCCGUAUUGGGACUGGGCCAUGCCUAGUCCGGAGCUGCCGAAAAACAAGACCGCCGCCGAUAAAAUCAAGCGUGACUGGCUCCCGCCUGACAGCUGGGAGGCCGUUGUUCCUAUCUUCAUUCCAGGACAUGAAGGACCAAUUGCGAAUCCUCUCUAUAAAUUUUCCAUGCCGGAGGGUAAAACUAUGGGAGAUUAUGGUGUUUCAUUUCUUCAAGCCGACGAAAAUGAGAAGGUGCUUUAUGGUAACUGCACUGGUCUUAGCCGAUGCCCGAAAGCCAAAUAUUACACUAGCACGGAAGCUCAUACGGCAGAAUACAAGAAGUGGCGGGAGGGUGAAAUUGACAACGAACAAAUUUACGCCAACUUCAAAGCCUUGCCAUGGGUCAAUAUUAGCGAGACAGAUGAUGCAUCCAAGGAGAUCCACGAGAAGUUUGCCAAAUUCAACGGAGGUAGCAGGGCAGCAGAGAAUGUGUAUCGUAUGUUCACAUAUUCAACCAACUAUGAGAAUUUUGCUAGUGCUGGUGGGCUUGGAGAAGCCACUGCAGGUUCCAAUAAGUUGCCGCAAGGGCAUUGGUAUCAGAGCUUGGAGGCUAUUCACAACAGCAUCCACUGGUGGGUUGGUGGAGACAACAAUGGCCAUAUGUCCCAGGUACCCGUUGCUUCCUUUGAUCCUUUCUUCUGGCUACAUCAUGCGAAUAUUGAACGUUUCUUUUCCAUGUGGCAAUUCCUCCACAACGACAAGGCAGACUCAAUUAGCUGGUUUGAAAAAAGGUCCGAAAAAGUGGCAAAUACAAGUGGUCAGCCAGUCAAUAAGGAAGGGAACGUCUGGACUGAGGAUCAAGGAGAGGAGAAUGCGCUCGUCAGGGAGCGCGGUCCGGAUACGCCAUUGACGCCUUUCCGAAAGACUAAAGAGAGUAGCCUUACUUCCAAUGACGUUCGAGACAUUGCCAAGUUCAAUUAUACUUAUCCACAGUUGCAGCGCCGAGGCCGCAGUGAUGCUCAGAUCAAAGAAGACAUCUGGACAGAGAUCAACCAAAAGUAUUCUCCCUAUCGGAAACAAGUACUGAAGCAAGGAGCGAGCCAAAAGGGAGAUUUGGAAGUUGUUGUAAACAUUGAAUACAAUAAAUAUCUGUUUGGAGGAAAGCCCUAUGUCAUCAAAUUGUACCUCAGGCGUGGCCAGAAUAAAGACCCACGGAGCGAACAAAUUGGAGAUAUCUAUAACUUCAGCGCUCCGGGGGAAAAUGAAAACGGAGAGGUCUGCUCGAAUUGUGUUCAGCAGGAGGCAUCCGGUCUCCGAUGCCGCGCACAGUUCACACUUAGCGAUCUCAAGGCUUAUUUUAAAGCGGUGGAUUCCACUUUGGACACCGAUGACGAAGAUUCCGUUGAAAUCUUCUUGAAAGAGAGGCUCUACGUGAUGGUUUAUGCCACCUCUGGUCGUGCCAUUGCAUUUCAACUUGGAGACAACAGCCAGCCAGCACCCAUACAAGUAGCAAUCGCUUCGACCCGUGUGAAAUACAGCCAGGACGAGACGAAAUCCAGCAAUUUCGAGGGAUUCAAAACAUUUCCGCAACUGGCUGGUGAUAUGGCCAAUUUGCUGUUGGUUCCUCCCGGCGCCUUGGUUCUGUCCUUGACUGGUAGCGUGCUUGGCACUUUGGACGAGAGUGGCCAGGUGGUUACAGCCGCUGGAAAACAGGCUCUACAGGAUCUUACGGGUAUUACCAACAGUGGAUUUGAUGACAUGUUAAAAAUCGGGUCUGGGACCAUUACCGGAGUCACGGGGGCUAUCGGUAGCACCACGGCAUUCCUCGCAUCAAGUCUGGGGGGCAGUGGCAGGGAUAAUAAGACUCAUGGGAAUAGUGAUAGCAGUGACAACAGUGGGGGAUUGGGCGGACUUGAUUCAACUUUCGGAUUUUAG